AUGAAUGUAGUGCCAAGAGGUAGGUUGGAUGUGUUAAGUGCAGAUGCUGAUCAUGGUAUUUUGAAGGUGGUAGAAUUUUUGCUGGAUAAUAAGGGAAUGCCGUUUAUUAUGUCGAUGGUAAGAAGGUUUCUGUUAGAGACGGGUUGCAGUAAAUUGUUGGAAAGACUAAGUGGGUAUGAACUGCGGGUCAUCGUUGAUAUUCUUUUGGAGAAUUACGUCGCGGGUAAUUGUUCAGCGACUGCUUCUAGCUUCUACGCGGACGCAUUGAGGUUAAUGGCUGCUACAAGACGAAAAAGUGAGGAAUGCAUUUCUGAGAUUUCUGAGGCACGUGAUAAGUUCAGGCAAGUUGAUGGGGAUGUUAGAGCUCUAGAAUUGUUGAAUAAUGUGAUAAAGGAGUGUCGACGGAGUCCCGAGUUUUCAUGGGACGAGGUAACAAUGUUAUUGACGAUAACAGGCGAAUGGUAUGUCAGUUUGGAUUACGAUAAAGUAUCAAUAAUUGAUUUAACAUCGAAGAUUGGGGAGUCUUUUGCGCAGUGGAUGCUUAAACUUGGGGGGCUGGUAAGUAUGUUGGGACUUUCAAAAUGUAUUUUUUUUGUUACAAUGUAAAUGUCUUAAUGUCCCUUGACAGUUGGGUGUCGUAGCGGGGAACAUCACAGGCGGCCUAAGCUCAGGGGGUCCUGUAGUCUGCUACACAGCCGUUUUUAGUGUCGUCACGCAACGCUCCUCCCCACUAACGGCUGCUGAAAACCGAACUGUUAGUGGGGAGGAGCAUUGCGUGACGACACUAAAAACGGCUGUGUAGCAGACUAGGGGUCCUGGUAAUAGUGAACUUAGGCCCGGUUCAAACACCGCUCCACUCAUGUGCCGAACUAAACUGAUGAAUUAAGUAUGACAAAAGAGUGGCGUCUGAAUCAAUUUCAGGCCUAACGCAUCGGGGCCGGGUUCAAAACUGGGGUAAGAUAACCCAGGGUUAGUGCAAAAUUUGGAUUCAGAUAAGAAAGCUUCAAAAAACCUUUCAGUUCAUUAAUUCUUUUUGCAAAUAAUGUGUUAAUUGAAUGCUCUAAAAAUAAUAAAUGAAAAAAUUAUCCCUGGAAAUGCUUUUUAACAAAAGAAAAAGAAUCAGGAUUAAAUUAAAUUUUACCCUGGUUUAGCACUAAUCAGCCUUCAAACAACUGGGUCCAGGAUGGGAGAGGAAAGAAGACGGCAAACUUUUGGGUGCUUUUCACAAAAAUUGAUGUCGCAAAAUUUGUGGUAAUGGUACCUGGGUUUGGUCUUGUAGGGGUAAAUAAAAAACCUGCAUGGACAUAUCCUUCUUUUCUUUUGCAGAAAGGUUUUGAGGACUUUGUCAAGGAACAGCAAAAACCUGGAUGGUUGAACUGA